AACAUGUCAUAAUUCCCGGGGCUACCUGAACGCAUCUGUUAAACAGCGCCAGAGGACUCGGGUGUCCGAGAACUGCAGCCUGAGCAAAGUUGAAAGAAGCAAACUAUUGAAAAGAAAGCCGAACAGAGGGAAGGGAAAGUCCUCAAACGCAGCGCGACCUUCGUAAAACGCCGAGUCUUCCUUAUGUGUUGCUUCCUGUUCCCAGGGCUGUUAUAAAGCUUCUCGCGAGCAGUAAAUGCAGUCGAUCCGGGACAGCUGCCGCACCACCACAGCCAAACACAGACGCAAGCGAAAUGAAUGGGAAAAGCCGAUUGCAGCAGGCCCAGGAGGAUGCGGAGGAGGUGAAGGACAUCAUGCUGGACAACCUGAACAAGGUGGAUGAGCGAUCUGGAAAACUGGGUGACCUGGAAGACAGAGCUGAUGAGCUGCUAAGAAAGAGUAGAGCCUUUGAAAAGAAAUCCAUCCAGGUGAAGGAAAAAACAAGAUGGAAAAAUAAGAAGGUGAAAAUAGCCUUAAUUGCAGUUGCAGUGGUCGUGGCCCUCAUCAUAGUUGGAAUCAUCAUAUACACUGCAACAUAGCACACUCCUGCCUGCCUGCCUGGAUGGAUAGAUGGACGCAAAGUGAGAGAAUGGGACUGUGCAACCUGAUGUAGACGAAGAUAAAAUGUCUAGGAGCAUUUUGCUUGAAUGGUGAUGUCUGUGCUUGCUCUGCAUGUAAGGUAUAUUUAUGGAACUCUCUGUCAGUCUCGCUCAUUGGUAAGAGAUUAAGGUACCAUUAAUAGCUGCUUCUUUUCUUUUUCCACAAUUUGUUCCAAUUAUCUGGCAUCCAGCCCAUGUUGAAAAGAACGAUGCUAAUUUUGACAACGUUAACCAUAGUUUGUUACGGACCUGUAUCAAUUGUCCACACCUAUGUAGAAAAGAGAUUUUUAUUUUGACCACUGUUUACUGUACUGAGUUUUUGUAAGUUAUCAAGUGACUCCCUGCAUAAAAUGUCAACACCAA